GUGCGCAUGCGCGUGGCGGGCGGGUGGGCCGAGGUGAUGCUCUUGGUUCGGCGCUGCUGGGGUCCGCGGCUGACGGGGAGGCGGCCUUGCUGUUCGUGUCGGUCACCGGCCCCGCUCGGCGGAUCCUCCGGCGGGAAGGACAGCCAAGGCUCCCGAGUCCGCGAGAAGCCGCCCUGGAGGGUGCUGUUCCUUGGCACCGACCACUUUGCGAGGGAGACGCUGCGGGCUCUGCACGCCGCCAGAGACGACAAAGAGGAGAAGUUAAUUGAAAGACUGGAGGUUGUCACAGUGCCUUCACCAUCCCCCAAAGGACUGCCUGUGAAACAGUAUGCUGAACAGUCCCAGCUCCCAGUGUACGAGUGGCCUGAUGUGGGAUCCGGAGAAUACGACGUUGGAGUAGUGGCUUCCUUUGGCCGACUUUUGAGUGAGGCUCUUAUUCUUAAAUUUCCCUAUGGCGUAUUGAAUGUACAUCCCAGUUGCCUCCCGAGGUGGCGUGGUCCCGCCCCAAUAGUUCAUACAGUGCUUCAUGGAGACACAAUCACUGGCGUAACAAUUAUGCAAGUUAGACCCAAAAGGUUUGAUAUAGGUCCAAUUCUCAAGCAGGAAACUAUCCCUGUGCCUUCCAAGAGCACAUCAAAGGAAUUGGAAGCAGUGUUGUCAAGACUCGGUGCCAACAUGCUUAUUUCAGUUUUGAAAAGCUUGCCUGAAAGUCUGAACAAAGGAAGGCCACAACCAGCUGAGGGAGUGACGUAUGCCCCUAAGGUUUCUGCUGAUACCAGCUGUGUCAAGUGGGAGGAGCAAACCUCAGAGCAAGUACUCAGACUUCACCUCGCCAUUGGGGACAUAGUUCCAUUGCAGACACUCUGGUUGGAGAACACCAUUAAACUUCUGGAUCUAGUAGAAGUUAACAACUCCAUCAUUGCAGAUCCCAAAUUAAAAGGACACACUGUGACUCCGGGGUCAGUGGUGUAUCACAGACAGUCACAGAUGCUGCUGGUUCAUUGCAAGGAUGGCUGGAUCGGUGUUCGAUCAGUAAUGCUUAAGAAAACACUAACAGCUACUGAUUUCUACAAUGGAUAUUUGCAUGCAUGGUACCAAAAGAAUCCCCACGCUCACCCAAGCCAGUGCAGAUUUCAGACUCUCAGACUUCCGAUGAAGUUGCAUCAGAAACAAGUUGUUGCUAUGCAACAGUGCAUUAAGUAGCUAGGAAGAAGAUGGACAAGGACCUAUUACACACUUGUAAUUUAUUAAAAGCUUUAUUUACAAGCAA